GAGGGGAGGAGGGCGAUGGCGGCCAUUUUGAGCCGGGCCCGUCGGUGGCGCCUCGAUGGCCGGGCGGCGGCGGCGCUGAGCGGCGGGGCCAUGGACGUGCGGCGGCUGCGGGUCAACGAGCUGAAGGAGGAGCUGGGCCGCCGCGGUCUGGAUACCCGCGGUCUCAAGGCUGAGCUGGCUGAACGGCUACAGGCGGCGCUGGAGGCGGAGGAGGCCCGGCGGGGGCCCGGCGCGGCCGGUGGGGACCAGGCCCCCGACGGACACUAUGGCAUCGACAACAACAGCCACGCCAGCGAGCCCCAGGGCUACCAGCCCUACGAUCACGGUGGCCUCAAGCCGGACGCUGAGCCCGGCUACGAGAGGAGACCGUUGGACCAAGAGCACCCCGUCCUGCACCAAGAGAUGAAGCUGCCGGAACCGAAACCUGAAGACCCCCCUGCUCCCUCUUACACUGUACCCCCUCCCAACUACAGCGCUCCUGCUCCCCCCUACAACAUCCCUCCGCCCCCCACCUACAAUGCACCCCCGGCCGGUUACGGCGCGCCGCCGACCGGCUACACCGCCCCGGCAUACAGCGCGCCGCCGGCCGGCUACAGCGCCCCGGCUCCGGGUUACAGCGCUCCCCCCUCCGCCUACAGCACUCCUCCCGCCUACAGCACCCCCCCACCCACCUACAGCACCCCUCCCGCCUACGGCACCCCCCCACCCACCUACAGCGCCCCGGUUCCCCCCACCUACAACGCUCCCCCGGGCGGUUACAGCGCGCCGGAUCCCGCGCAACCCCGGCCGCCGCAGCCCCUUAAGCGACCGUACGAGGAGCAGCGCGGCCGGGGUUACUACGAACACCGCGAGGACAAGAGGGGCCGCUCGCCGCAACCGCCCGCCGAGGACGAGGAGGAAGAUUUCGACGACACGCUGGUGGCCGUCGAUACUUACAACUGCGACCUGCACUUCAAGGUGGCGCGGGACCGGUACAGCGGUUACCCCCUCACCAUCGAGGGUUUCGCCUACCUCUGGUCGGGCGCCCGCGCCACCUACGGCGCGCGGCAGGGCCGCGUCUGCUACGAGAUGAAGGUUAACGAGGAAAUCUCCGUUAAACAUCUGCCUUCCACGGAGCCGGAUCCCCACGUGGUGCGGGUGGGCUGGUCGUUGGAUUCCUGCAGCACCCAGCUGGGUGAGGAACCGUUCUCCUACGGCUACGGCGGCACCGGCAAGAAGUCGACCAACUGCAAAUUCGAAAACUACGGCGAAACCUUUGCCGAAAACGACGUCAUCGCCUGUUUGGUGGAUUUUGAGUGCGGCGAGGAGGUGGAGAUGUCCUUCAUGAAGAACGGCAAAUGGUUGGGGGUGGCUUACCGGGUACGGAAGGAGCUGCUGGGCGGCCGGGCCCUCUUCCCCCACGUCCUGGUGAAAAACUGCGCCAUCGAAUUCAACUUCGGGCAACGAGAAGACACCUACUUCUCCGUCCCGCCCGGUUUCACCUUCAUCCAACACCUACCCGUAGCCGAACGCGUCCGCGGCACCCUCGGCCCCAAGAGCAAAGCCGAGUGCGAGAUCCUGAUGAUGGUGGGGUUACCCGCCGCCGGGAAGACGACGUGGGCCGUGAAACACGCGGCCGCCAACCCCUCCAAGAAGUACAACAUCCUGGGAACCAACGCCAUCAUGGAUAAAAUGAGGGUGAUGGGCCUUCGUCGCCAGCGCAAUUACGCCGGCCGUUGGGACGUCCUCAUCCAGCAAGCGACGCAGUGCCUCAACCGCCUCAUCCAGAUCGCCGCCCGCAAGAAACGCAACUACAUCCUCGACCAGACCAACGUCUAUGGCUCGGCGCAGCGCCGAAAAAUGCGUCCGUUCGAGGGUUUCCAACGCAAAGCCAUCGUCAUCUGUCCCACCGACCAGGAUCUGAGGGAUCGCACCGUCAAACGAACCGACGAGGAGGGAAAAGACGUCCCGGAUCACGCCGUGCUGGAGAUGAAAGGUGGGAUCGCCCCCGCCAGGGUCGGGAGGAGGAAGGGGGGUUGUUCGGUUUGGGGUUGGUUUAUUUUGGGGGGUGGGGGGGUGGGUUUGUUUGGGGGUUUUGUUUUGUUUUGUUUUUUCUGUUGUUUUUUUUUUAGCGUUUUCACCCGUUUUGACGACGGCGCAGCUAAUUUUACGCUGCCGGAGGCGGGAGAAUUCCUGGACGCGGUGUUGUACGUGGAGCUGCAGCGGGAAGAGGCGGAGGCGCUGGUCCGGCAGUACAACGAGGAAGGGAGAAACGCCGCGCCCCCGCCCGAAAAACGUUUCGACGCCGCCGGCGGCGGUGCCGGCGCCGGCGGACGCCCCCCGGCUUUUCGCGGUCGCGGUUUCCAACGCUUCGAAGGUCGCGGGGGGGCCGCCGCGCCCACCGCCAGGGGCAAUUUCCAGAACCGCGGCGGCUUCCGCGGUGGCGGGGGCGGCAACGGCGGCACCGGCACAGGAUUUAACCGCGGUGGUUACGCCCCCAACCGCUGGGGUACCAACAACCGCGACUCCUCCGCCGCCAACAACCGCGGCGGUUACAACCGUAACUCACAACCCACCGGCGGCUACAGCCCGGCUCGUGGCGGCGGCGGCAACGCCGGUUACAAAACCGGCGCCGGUAACCCCCAAACCGGCACGGCCCCCCCAAAUUACGGCCAGAGCCAACAGGGUGGUUACGGCCAGGGCAGCUACACCCCCACCGGUUACGGCUACGGCGGCUACGGCGGCUACGGGCAGAGCUACCCCCAGCCCCCCCCGGCAGGCGGGCAGAGCUACGGGCAGAGCUACGGGCAGUACCAGCAGUAUGCCCAGCAGUGGAACCAGUACUACCAGCACCAGGGCCCCUGGCCCCCCUACUACAGCACCUACGACUACAGCGGCUACGGCAGCUCCCAGGGGGGUGCCAGCACCCAGUGACCCCCCCCGUCCCCAUCCCCCCCCAAAACCAUCCGGGUUUGGUUUUUUAUUAUUUUGGGGUUUUGUUGGUUGGUUGGUUGGUUUUUUCUCCUCCAUCUGUUAAAAAAAAAAAAAGAUUAUUUUUAACCUCAAAAGAGACUCGGAUGAUCAGACCCACCCCCCACCCCUCCCUUUUUUGGGGCCCCGUUUCCCUUUUUUGGGGCCGCAUCUCCCUUUUUUGUGCCGUUCCCCCCUCCCCUUUUCCUUAUUUUCACCCGUUUUCACCCAUUUUCGGUGCCUCCCGUUGGGCCCAUUUGGCCCCCCUCCUUCCGCCCCCCCCCCCCCCUUCCAGGUUGGGGAAUGGCCGUUUUACAGGAAUUUUACGCUGCUUUUUUCUUUUUUUUUUUCUUUUUUUUUUUCCCCCCAUUUUUGGGGUUUUUUGGGGUUUUGGGCCCCAAGUUUUUACCACCCCCUCCAGGGGAGGAAGACAAAAAAAACCAACAAAACAAUAAAAAAAAAAAAA